GGCGGCCCGACACCGCCUGGGGCCGGCACUUGCCGUCUGCCUGUGUGCCGCCAGGCCCGGCCCGCUGCUUGGUAGCCGCGUGAGUUUCUGGCGACGCUUCCGCUUUUGCAUCCUUGUAGAGGCGACGGCAGAGCCACGUGCCAUGUGGGAUUACCAGGAGGAGGUGUCAGGGGAUGUCUGUGCGGUCUGGCCUGGCGGUGUUCUCGAAGGACCCACCCCGGGGCCUGACAACCAGGUGAUGUCGGAGCUCAGCGAUGAAGCCAGUGAGCCAGAACUCCUGAACUGCAGCUUGUCCAUGUGGCAUGGGCUGGGUGCUCAGGUCGGCCGGGAGGAGCUGGCCGUCCCCUUGGAUCUUCACACAGCUGCUUCCAUUGGCCAAUAUGAAGUGGUGAAGGAAUGUGUGCAGCGGAGAGAGUUAGAUUUGAAUAAGAAGAAUGGUGGUGGCUGGACCCCGCUGAUGUACGCUUCCUACAUUGGACACGAUACCAUCGUGCACCUGCUGCUUGAGGCGGGGGUGAGUGUGAAUGUGCCGACCCCGGAAGGGCAGACUCCACUGAUGCUGGCUUCCAGCUGUGGCAACGAGAGCAUCGCCUACUUUCUCCUCCAGCAAGGUGCCGAGCUGGAAAUGAAGGACAUUCAAGGCUGGACUGCCCUCUUCCACUGCACCAGCGCUGGGCACCAGCAGAUGGUCAAGUUCCUUUUGGACAGUGGAGCGAAUGCCAACGUGAGGGAACCAGCAUAUGGAUUUACUCCUUUGAUGGAAGCAGCUGCCUCUGGCCAUGAAAUAAUUGUGCAGUAUUUUCUCAAUCAUGGAGUCAGAGUGGACACGAGAGACCACAGUGGAGCCACAGCCCGGAUGCUGGCCAAGCAGUAUGGACACAUGAAGAUCGUGGGGUUGAUAGACGCUCACUCUCCUACUCUGCCCAAGAACCUCUAUCGGAGCCCAGAAAAAUUUGAAGAUCUAAGCUCUUCGGAUGAAUCCUGCCCUGUUCCCCAGAGACAGAGGCCCUGUCGGAAGAAGGGCCUCAGCAUCCAUGAGGGGCCGCGAGCCUUGGCCAGGAUCACAGCCAUCGGCCUCGGAGGCAAGAUGCAGCCUUGCUGUGAGCAGGUGCCUCCGCGGGGCUAUGUCACCUUCAACAGCAGUGACGAGAACCCCCUGGAGGCGGGCGGCCUCUGCUACAGGGACGUCACCUCCCCAAUCAACGACCGGGAUGUGGAGAGCAGCAGCAGCAGCAGUCGGGAGGAGCACGCCUUCUGUGCCAACCUGGGGGUCGCAAGGCGCAGCAGCAGCAGCGAGGGCCUGGCGAGAGCCCCGGGAGUCAGCAGUGAGGCCUCUCUGGAGAGCAACGAGGAUUCGGAUCAUGCGUGUCAAAGCUCGGUUCGCAAGCAAACUAAAAGUUACAUGAAGACCAAGAAUCGUUACAGCAACAGUGACGGCCAGUGGCCCGCCAGCACUGGGCCGGCUGGUGCAGCCUGCUCCCCAGGAUCUGUUUCCCAGACGGAGACGUCUCUCUGUUCAGGACCCCAGGACCUUGCCACACUGCUGGAGCAGAUUGGGUGUCUCAAGUACCUGCAGGUGUUUGAGGAGCAGGACGUGGACCUCCGCAUUUUCCUGACCCUCACCGAGAGCGACCUGAAGGAAAUCGGCAUCACCUUGUUUGGGCCUAAGAGGAAGAUGACCUCUGCCAUUGCCCGCUGGCACAGCAGUGCCCGGCCACCCAGCGAUGCUCUGGAGCUGGCGUAUGCCGACCGGCUAGAAGCUGAGAUGCAGGAGCUGGCCAUCCAGCUGCACAAACGCUGUGAGGAGGUGGAGGCCAUGCGAGGCCAGGUGUCGCAGGAGCAGGAGCUGCGGGCGGUUGUGGAGAGCUGCCUCCUGGAGCAGGACGGUGCCCGGAAGGACGUGCACGCCCAGCUGCAGGAGACCUGGGCCCUGGCCCGGGACGCUGCGCUCGUCUUGGACCAGCUGAGAGCUUGUCAAGCCGAGUUGUCAGCCAGAGUGAAGCAGGAAGAGUCCACCCGAGGGCUCCCCCAGGGCCCGGCCCUCCCCACGGCUGAUUCCAAAGGCUGGCAGGCUUCCCUGCAGGCUCUGAGCCUCCCCGAGCUUUCCGGAGCACUGGAGGAUCGAGUCCAGGAAAUGGGGCGAGUGCUAUGCUCAGUGACCCAGAGCUUGGAGAAGCUGCAAGUGCUGAACAGGAAGGAGAACUGGCGGGAGCCUUAGCUGGGAGGGACGUCUUCCCUGUCCCUUCUCAGAACCUGACGUUGGGUGACCGAUCCACCCUGAAGCUGUGUGCCUGGAAGACAGGAGGGCAGUGAGCAAGCGGCUGCAGCAGGCCGGGCCCGAGCGGGGGCCAGAGGAUCAGGCCCCCGGAGCAGCUGGCAGAGGCAGGACAGGGCAGUGAGGCCCACGCAGAGGCAGGACGAGGGCCUCUCGCCCAGAAGCGGGGGGUCAGGCCCAGAGCAGGCAGGGCCACGGGGAGACAGCGGGCCCCCAUACACCACAGGCGCCACACUGAAAGGACUGGGCGCCUGGGUAGUGGAUGUCAUUGCUGGAAAAUAAAAUUUAAGAUCUGCUGGU